GGAAUUUGCCUACAAAUGGCCCUAGCUGAUAAUGUAGUUAUUACUAAACUGCGUCAUUGGUACCAAAAGUCUUUGUUGACAUCUUACAAACAUUUUCGAUUCAGAACAAUACAAGUUUCAUACAACAGCAUAGUUUGUAAUAGCGUUGAACAUGUCAAAUUUUGUGCCUGGAAACUACGAUUUGCGGACAGCAUUGAUUUUCUGUUACCAUUUGAAGAAAACUGCUGCAGAAUCGCAUCGAAUGCUUGUCAAAGCUUUACGGUGAGCAUACUCUUGGUAAAUCGCAGUGCUUUGAAUGGUUUAAAAAAUUCAGAAGUGGCAAUUUUGACGCGAGGAACGAAGAACGCGGAAGACUACCGAAAAAGUUUCGAGACAGCGAAUUGCAAGCAUCGUUGGAUGAGGAUGACGCUCAAACGCAACAACAACUCGCUGAUCGAUUAAACGUGACACGAGAAGCCGUCUCCAUACGCUUGAAAGCCAUGGGAAAGAUCCAGAAGGUGGGAAAAUGGGUUCCACAUGAACCGAAUGAAAGGCAGCAGGAAAACCGAAAAACCACUUGCGAAAUGCUGCUCGCCAGAUACAAAAGAAAGUCGUUUCUCCACCGAAUUGUGUCUGGCGAUGAAAAGUGGAUAUAUUUUGAGAAUACUAAGCGUAAAAGAUCAUGGGUAGCUCCAGGCGAACCAUCGACAUCGACCACAAGACCAAAUCGCUAUGGACGGAAGACAAUACUCUGUGUUUGGUGGGAUCAGAAGGGUGUGAUCUACUAUGAGCUGUUAAAACCUGGCGAAACCGUUAAUACCGAGCGCUACCGGCAACAAACGAUCGAUUUGAAUCAGGCUUUGCGUGAAAAACGACCAGAAUAUCAAAAAAGGCAGGACAAAGUAAUUUUGCUUCGUGAUAAUGCACCGUUACAUCCAGCAAAACCGGUCAAGGAAACGAUCGAAGCGUUCAGUUGGGAAAUACUUUCGCACGCGGCUUACUUACCAGACUUGGCUCCGUCCGAUUACUAUUUAUUUGCAUCGAUGG